AUGAAAAACUUUGCAAUUUGUUGCUCUCUCUUGGGAGGUUUUGUACUUAGCUUUGGAUUAAUAUCAUUGUUUGUAAAGGAACGACUCUAUAUUGCCGAAACGGCAGUUGCUACUAUCUUUGGUAUGGUCUGUCGCCAGUUCUUAUCUGGUGGUGAGAAUGAUGUUUUGAAAGAUAACUUAUCUAAUUCGACUUUUGUCUUUCAUUUUGCCCAUAUUGUUCUAGCCUUACAGUUAGUAGCUGUAGGAGUAACCGUACCACGAAGCUUUAUGCGCAAGAAUUGGCGACCUUUAACUGCUUUAUUGCUACCAGUAAUGACUAUUAUGUUUGCCAUCUCAACUGUCAUUAUUAAGCUAGUUGGUAAUUUAAGCUGGAAGACAGCUAUGACUAUUGGUGCAUGUGUAACUCCAACCGAUCCGAUUCUAGCCAGUACAGUACUGAAAGGUAAGUUUGCCAAUAAGUACAUUCCUUCUCGGCUUAGAUAUCUUUUGGCAGUUGAGAGUGGAGCUAAUGAUGGAUUAGGAUUUCCUAUUUUGAUACUUCCAGUUUUGUUCAUUAAGUACGAAGGAACACCUAAUCAUGUCAAAACUGCACUUUGGGAAUGGACUUUGAAGACUUGGGGAUUUGAAAUCUUUUUGGCCGUUAUUCUUGGUGCUAUUAUUGGAAUGUUAGCUCGAGUGCUUUUAAAGUAUAGUAUUAAGCGUUUGUUGAUUGAUAAGGAAAGUUUUUUGGUUUAUUCAUUAGCUUUGGCUAUUCUAGUGACUGGAGUGACGUCACUUAUUAAAAGUGAUGAUUUAUUGGCUGUGUUUGUGGCGGGAGUGGCCUUUGCCUGGGAUGAAGAUAUGGUGCGAGAUAUGAAGAACUCACAUGUAAUUGAGGUGGUUGAUAUGAUUUUUAAUCAGUCUUUCUUUAUUCUUUUGGGACUAAUCUUCCCUGAGAACAUCUUUACGUUUACUAACUUAGCUACUGGGUUUUUAGUCGUACUGUUCCGGCGACUACCGGCGGUCUUUUUAAUGAAACUAUGUAAAUUACUCCCUGGGUUCAGCACGAAAGAAACGAUCUUUGCUGGGUGGUUUGGUCCAAUUGGAGUUGGGGCGAUCUUCUUUGCCCACCAUGCAGCCCAUGAACUGCACAACUACUCGGCAGAAAUUAACGACCAUCUUCUUUGUAUGGUCUAUGCCAUCGUUUUUACUAGCAUUAUUGUGCAUGGCACGACCGCCCCGAUCAUCCAUCUGCACAUGCGCCGUAAACAACGGCAGAACAAAGCCAAUCUCUAUGAAUCGGAUACCGAAGUAGAAAGAGAUAUAGAUACACCUAAUCUCCGGCUGAUUGCCUAA